ACUAUAACGUUAAAAAUAUAACUUCAAAUUGUAUCAUAAAAAUAAAAACAUGUAAUAUAUCAUAGUAAAAUUCUUCCUCCGAAGUAGCCUACUGACCCGAUUGUCAAGUCUAUUCUAAUAGUAAUAGCUAAUAGGCAAUAGCUGGUUUGAGUCUUGGGAUAAAUACUUUCAAAUGGUCCUUAUCAAUUGCCCGGAGACCGUUCUGCCAAAGAAAUAAUAAUAAGAUAAGGACAGAGACCGUUCUCUUUUCUCUUCUUUUGCUGCUGUAGGUUUUUUAUUUUUCAAAAUUCAAAUCAAGAACCCGUGUCUGCCAGCUGCCAUUUUUCCACCCCACAAGGCCACAGCCGGUCUACGCUUACCAUCUUUUUGUUCAGACACAUCCAACGGUCCAGAUUUCAUCCCCUCCAGAAGCACACCCUACCCCUUCCCUUCCCCAACGCAAUCAUCGCCCUCCCUUCCUUUUCCCUUUUCCCCUUUUCUUCCCCCAAAAUUAGCCACUCCUCUCCUUCCUCUUAACGCCACAGUCUUCCCCUUCCUCGCGAUUCCAUUCCCAAGAAAAAAACACCCCCAACCAGGAAUCGAAAAUCCAGAUCUACAGUCAAAUCAAUCUCCUUCUUCCCCCCGAUGGCAACAUCCGCUCGCGAAGAGAACGUCUACAUGGCCAAGCUCGCCGAGCAGGCCGAGCGCUACGAGGAGAUGGUCGAGUUCAUGGAGAAGGUCUCCGCCUCCAUCGACGGCGAGGAGCUCACCGUCGAGGAGCGCAACCUCCUCUCCGUCGCCUACAAGAACGUGAUCGGCGCCCGCCGCGCCUCCUGGCGCAUCAUCUCCUCCAUCGAGCAGAAGGAGGAGAGCCGCGGCAACGAGGACCACGUCAACAUGAUCCGCGACUACAGGACCAAGAUCGAGACCGAGCUCUCCAACAUCUGCGACGGGAUCUUGAAGCUGCUCGACACCAGGCUCAUCCCUUCCGCCGCCUCCGGCGACUCCAAGGUCUUCUACCUCAAGAUGAAGGGCGAUUACCACAGGUACCUCGCCGAGUUCAAGACCGGCGCCGAGAGGAAGGAGGCCGCCGAAAGCACUCUCACUGCUUACAAAGCUGCUCAGGAUAUUGCAAAUGCUGAAUUGGCUCCGACCCACCCGAUCCGACUAGGAUUGGCUCUCAACUUCUCAGUCUUCUACUAUGAGAUCCUCAAUUCUCCUGAUCGCGCCUGCAACCUCGCCAAACAGGCAUUUGAUGAAGCAAUCGCAGAGUUGGAUACCUUGGGCGAGGAAUCCUACAAGGAUAGCACCUUGAUCAUGCAACUUCUCCGUGACAAUCUCACCUUGUGGACCUCCGAUAUGCAGGACGACGGGGCGGACGAAAUCAAGGAGGCAGCAUCUGCGCCCAAAGGUGCCGAGGAGCAGCAGUAGAGCUUUCGCCGGACCUGGGCGAAUACCAGAUGGAUGUGAGAAUGCAAAUGAAGGGUGAACUUCCUCCUCCUCCCCCUAAGCGUUUUUAACUUGGAGAUGGUGUGGCGUGCCUCCCUUUGUUACAUGCAGGUUUUAGGCAAGAAAGAAUUAAUUGUUCCUACUGUCUUGGCUUUGGAUUGUGGAAGGGACCAAGUCGUUCUUUUUCUUUCUUUUUUUCUUCCUUCUCCUUCUCCUUUGAUUUUUAUUUAAAUUUUAGUUGGGUCUUUCUUUACUUUGUCCACCCCUCGAAUGUGCCUCUCUGUUUUCCGAAUUGAUAAUAUUGAAGCUUUUUUUAUUAAUAUAACUAAAUGCCUUGUUUCUAUGUUGUCAUCGCUAAACUAGCUUUGUUGUUGAGGAGUUGUCUUUCUUUUGUCGCUGUUUUGCUGUCAUUAGGCUAACUGUUCGGCUGGGCGAUUGAUUAGUUAGUAUAGUAAGCACCGCGUUGGAUCUGGUUGUGUAGUAUAUUAAGUGCUUGCUGUCAUUAGACUAACACACGAUUUUAUCGUAAAAAGUUCGAUCACCUUUCUUUUUCUUUUCUUCUAUAGGAUUUUGAGAAUUAUUAUCAUUUUGUUAAACAUGAUGUGUUAUUUUGACAAAAUUGAAUCUAUGCUAUUUAUUAGUCUUUUGCCUCCUUAAAUUUACGAGUUGCAACUCCAAAUGUUAAGAGAGUUUUUUCAGCUUCAGAUUAUCUAAACAAGUUUCGGAAUUAAAUAGGCGAUCAGAUUGGAAAUGAUUGUCUAGUAGAAUAUAUUGAAAGAGAUUUGUUGAGCACUGCAGACAGUGAACGUAUUUUAUCAUUUUAUUUCAAAAUAUGAUAACAUUUUGUAGACUUGUGUAUUAACUUGUAUUAAUCAGAUAUUUUUCUACUUCAGAAUUUUUAAUUUAAUUUUUGAAAUUGACACCCCAUAUAAAACUUCUAGUUCCGCCACUGCAUGUACUGGCCGCAAAGGCAUAUGGUUCCUUAUUUAAUAAAUGUCUAAGUUACUGACUCAACCCGACUAUCACAAUAAAACCCCACCUAAGGUGCAAGUAUAAUCCUUAAAUAGGUGCAAUAUAGGGCAAGUAUGUUUAAAUAUCGAUCCGGCCCGGUCCAUGUAACCCUACUUUGACCGUUUGAAACAUUAUCUAGCGGAUUGUUGUUUUGCGAAAAUCUCUACAAUCUACUGUUAAAAAUAAAGACUUGUAAAGAAAAAGGAUUGAAACUCUUGAUGAGAAGUUUCACUCGAGAGUUGUUUCUCCCUAACGAACUACCAUGAACCGUGGGAUCGAAUGAAUCGGUGUGGGACAAGACGAUUGUGAACCGCUAGGAGAGACAACAGUGGUUGAAAACCACCUCUCAAUUGCUAGGCCAAGGAAAGCAUUAACUUCUCCCUCAAACCGGGGUUUGGAGCGGCCAAAGCACAAUUAACCUAAAUGCUCAAUUUGAGUUUAGAGAUUUGCCCUGCAUUAACCUAGUUAGAAAAGGGGAUUUCCCUCUAAGCUAGGUUAGAAUAACACAAUAGAUUGCAA